ACCAAAAGACAUUUCACUGCUACAGAAAAAAAGAGAGGGGGACAAAAGGACAAAAGUGGAAGAAAAACAGGAAAUCGAAAUAAAUGACUCACCGACUUUCUCAGGAGGUUGCUUACAGCAUUACCGAAGCACCUGGCAGCAUUACAAACCUCCAAAUCCUGUGCUCAAAAUAAUUUCAGGGGCUCGUAUUCCAUUGAAUCAGAGUCCACCAUUGGUUAUGCCAACUUCAGAAAUUCUAGAAAAAUUUCGAACCCCUGUAUCACCAGCCAUGACUUACGAAAUAAAGGAAAUGAUUCAAAAACACAUUGUGGAACCAGCACCAACAACGCCCUCGUUUCUCUCACCUUUAUUUCUAAUAAAAAAGAACAGCAAAAAGAGUCGAGUGAUUUUCAAUUUAAAGGCUUUGAAUCGUUAUAUGAUGCCAAGACAUUUUCAUCUAUUCCGUUACCAGCAGAUGCCCGAAUUUCUACAGCCUGCCGAUUGGAUGGUCAAACUGGAUCUCAGUCAGGCUUAUUACCACAUACCGAUCAAACAAGAACACAGACGUUUCCUCCGUAUCAGUUACAACGGUUUCCUGCUGCAAAUGACGUGCUUACCAUUUGGCCUGGCAUCAGCGCCGAGAAUGUUUGCCACAGUCACAAACUGGACAGCAGAAAUGCUCCGUAUGAAAGGUCUUCGUUUAGUAGUCUAUUUAGACGAUUACCUGAUUGUUCAUCAGUGCAAAACGACUCUCCGAACUCAGGUAAUGAUGGCCAUCAAAUUCUUAACCAGCCUAGGUUGGUGUCUAAACACAGAAAAAUCUGUCACCACUCCGAGAAGGACAGUAGAGUUUCUGGGAAUCCACUGGGACACCGACACCAAUACAGCGUCCCUACCCCCAGAAAAAGUAAGCAGAAUACGCCAUCAUCUGCUGUCUCUCCUAGCUGCAGGCUCAUGGACCCUCAAGCAGGCGCAACGCCUCUUAGGGUGCCUCAAUUUUGCAACCUUCAUCACCCAUCGGGGAAGGUUGCAUUGCCGGACGUUGCAGCGUCACUGCAAUCUCCUUCGCAAAGAACCUUUAGAAACUACUCGUUUCAGCGAAGAGGUAUCUAUCGAACUGGAAUGGUGGUUAGAGAACAUCAAUCAACAGAGACCGAUACAUCCCGUAGUCAAACCGGUAAACUACUUGAUAACAGAUGCCUCGGAUAUUCAAUGGGGUGCUGUAGUAAACAACAAAAAUAUUCACGGAGUUUGGAGUCCACAUCAGAGAAGAUGGCAUUGCAACCUCAAAGAGAUGUACGCUGUAAUAGCUGCAAUAACAGCGCAGGGGUCAGUCCUCAGAAAAUCUUCAGUAAUCGUGCAGAGCGACAACAAAACCGUUGUGUCAUACGUGAAAAACGAGGGAGGGACGAAGUCACUUCCGCUGUUAGAACUGACCAAACAGCUCUUAGCCCUAGUGGACGAUCUCGAUGUUGUAUUAGUUCCUCAUUACCUUCCCGGAAUAUACAACGUGGAGGCCGACGGCCUCUCCCGAAAUCGAACAGCCUCCGAAUGGCAUCUGAAACAAGUAGAAUAUCAAAGAAUCUUCAGCCUAUGGGGAACCCCCGAAAUAGAUCUCUUUGCAUCAAAACACGCUUACGUCGUUCCGAAUUAUGUUACCAGAGACUUUUCAGACUCGAACGCUUGCUAUCACGACGCGUUCAGCAAAUCUUGGACAUACCAUCUAGCUUGGAUUUUUCCACCACCGGGUCUCAUCCCGCGUGUACUGCGCCACCUAAACAAAGCGGAAGGCCGGUACAUAAUAAUUGCACCCAGGUGGACGAAACCCUUUUGGCGCCCAGACCUGAAGCGCCGAGCUCUAAAACGCCCAACGAAGAUCCGGAACCUAGAGCGCAACUUGGUAGACACCUUCACGGGACGACCGCCGACUCGGGUGUCCAGCCUUCAUCUGGAAGCCUGGCUCAUUUCGGGUGGGACGCACUGACCGACAACUGGUCUGUCCAGGAGAAAGAGUUACUAUCAUCGUGUUGGAGAACAUCUACUCUUCGAACCUAUAAGCCCAUUUGGCAGAAGUGGUUGUUGUGGUGUCAGAAACAUAAUUUAAAUUGUCAUUCUCCUAACCCAGCAGAUGUAGCACGUUACUUAGCUUUUCUUUAUUUAACUGAAAAAUUGGCUUAUCGUACCAUUCUUGUUCAUAAAUCAACCAUAGCAUCUAUUUGUGAAACUUCUUGCAAUGUGAAGAUAUCGAGUAGUCACAUCGUAAAACAUGUUUUAAAAGCGAUUUCUCUAGCGAAACCGAUACCGCCUAAGGCUCCCAUAUGGGAUGCAAGAAUCCUUAUUAGAUACCUCAAAGAAACUAAUCCCGACAUCAGUAAUUUAUACGAUGUUUCUAGACGUACCGCCACUAUACUACUUCUUUGUUCUAGUCGUAGAGUACACGACCUCUCACUAUUACACUGCGAUUCAAAGCACUUCAUAGAUAAUGAGGAUAGUAUUAUCUUGCACCCGGAAUUUGGAUCUAAGACUGAUAGUAUCCAUCAUCAGCAGUCCAGUUGGUUAUUACGUAAAGCACCUGACAGGAACGUUGACCCAGUUUUCUGGCUUAGGACUUUGUCUAGCGUGACAAAAGAAUACCGAAACACAAUUUCUAAUCUCUUUAUUACAACGAGAGGGUCAGUUAGAGCAGCUAGUCCAACAAUCAUCGGAGGUUGGGUAAAGCGGAUCCUCAUAGAUGCCGGUAUAAAGGCCUCGCCUGGUAGCUUUAGAUCGGCGGUCUCUUCCUUAAACUGGAUAGAAAACUACCCCAUUAAUGAUAUUUUGUCUAAAGCAAAUUGGCAACAUGAAUCAACAUUUCGAAAAUUUUAUCAAAAACAGAUAGAUCAACCCAGCCAAAAUGCUUCUGACAAAUCUCUUGCGGAAUAUUUUUCUGCUUAUUAAACUGUAGACCAUAUUCCUUGUUAAAUUAUCUCAAGUGCCCUGUAGUGGUUUACUUUGAUUAUUUAAUAUUAUUCGAUUGCUUAACAGUCAUUCUAAUCCUUAUUGUAUAUUGCAGUGAAGCUUUGAUGAAUGUUGAAAGUACUCUCCAAAUGUAUUGUAGUAUUUUCGUUGAAUAUUGCAUAAUUUAAUGAUUAUCACAUUGUUGCGUUUUAUUACAAGCCACCAGGAGAUAACAAACAUUUCUCUCAUAAUGGACUUCGGACGUCAAUCGGAACACAUAAUAUGCAAAUUUUACCUACCAAUAAAAUUUUUAUUAUGUUUCCAUAGACGUCCGAAGUCCAGACUAAGGUCUUCCUGGUGUUUAUCCUCAGCCCUUUAGUAUUAUGAGCCGAACAAUGAUCAGAGAACAUGGCGGCUUGUCGUAAGUAACUUAGUUCACUCAGCUUCGUACGGAGGGCGCUUGAGGCGCA